GGCCGGCCGGCCUUUAAAGGUGGCAGCCUGCGAUUUAAGGUGUCCCCGAGUUCCGUGGCCCGCGCUCCGGCGGCCUCGACGUGUGCUUCUAUGCGAGCGCCUGGCCGCUGCACCCACGUUGCCGCGGCCCCCCCAUUGUUGAUGUCCUGAGUUUAGGAGCUUGGGGGGUAGGUGGAUCUGUAGAGAGACCAGCUGACUAGGAGAGGGAGGGGAGGAGCCCAGCUGUGAGGUGUGUGAGCCUAAGAACCAUGUCUACGCGGGAGUCCUUUAACCCAGAAAGUUAUGAAUUGGACAAGAGCUUCCGGCUAACCAGAUUCACUGAACUGAAGGGCACUGGCUGCAAAGUGCCCCAAGAUGUCCUGCAGAAAUUGCUGGAAUCCUUACAAGAGAACCACUUCCAAGAAGAUGAACAGUUUCUGGGAGCAGUUAUGCCAAGGCUUGGCAUUGGGAUGGAUACUUGUGUCAUUCCUUUGAGGCAUGGUGGUCUUUCCUUGGUUCAAACCACAGAUUACAUUUAUCCUAUCGUCGAUGACCCUUACAUGAUGGGCAGGAUAGCAUGUGCCAAUGUUCUCAGUGACCUCUAUGCAAUGGGGGUCACAGAAUGUGACAAUAUGCUGAUGCUCCUUGGAAUCAGUAAUAAAAUGACCGACAGGGAAAGGGAUAAAGUGAUGCCCCUAAUUAUACAGGGUUUUAAAGAUGCAGCAGAGGAGGCAGGAACGUCUGUAACGGGCGGCCAAACAGUGUUAAACCCCUGGAUUGUUUUGGGAGGAGUGGCUACAACUGUCUGCCAGCCCAAUGAAUUCAUCAUGCCAGAUAACGCAGUGCCUGGGGACGUGCUAGUGCUGACGAAGCCCCUGGGGACGCAAGUGGCCGUGGCCGUGCACCAAUGGCUGGAUAUUCCUGAAAAAUGGAAUAAAAUUAAAUUAGUGGUGACCCAAGAAGACGUGGAGUUGGCAUACCAGGAGGCCAUGAUGAACAUGGCAAGGCUCAACAGGACAGCUGCGGGACUCAUGCACACGUUCAACGCCCACGCCGCCACCGACAUCACGGGCUUCGGGAUUCUGGGCCACGCGCAGAACCUGGCCAAACAGCAGAGGAACGAGGUUUCCUUCGUGAUUCACAACCUCCCCGUCCUGGCCAAGAUGGCUGCUGUGAGCAAGGCCUGUGGGAACAUGUUUGGCCUCAUGCAUGGGACCUGCCCCGAGACAUCAGGAGGCCUUCUAAUCUGUUUACCACGUGAGCAAGCUGCUCGGUUCUGUGCAGAGAUAAAGUCCCCCAAAUAUGGUGAAGGUCACCAAGCAUGGAUUAUUGGGAUCGUAGAGAAGGGCAACCGUACCGCCAGAAUCAUAGACAAACCCCGGAUCAUUGAAGUCGCACCACAGGUGGCCACUCAAAAUGUGAAUCCCACACCUGGUGCCACCUCUUAAUCCAGACCGAAAUAGCUAUUUGGUUUUGUUUUUAAAUAGAUCUAUUUCCUUUAUCAUCAUUUCAAUUAAAGACUAUAAACAACAACAAAAAUCUCAUUGUGUCUACACAUCUGGUGACCUGAGGUCGAUUUGUGAAAUGGAUGCAAUUAAUAAAAUAAAAUCCAUUGCCUUUUUUUCCUGUUACAUUAACUGAAGAUGCACCUAAUCUUGAGGCAGCUUCUGAGUUGAGACUUAUAUUGUUAUCCAAUACUGUUGAUUCAUUUUGAAUCUUUAGACACUUAUCUCUUGCCGCAUAGGCUCUUUUUAAAGGUGCUUUCACGUAGCACAGACAUUACUGGUCGUAGUGUCAAUCCACCGUUUGUCUUUCAUUUCACGUGUAUUUAUCACCAGUCUGAUCUUUUUUAAGUGUCUCGAGUGGUAUUCUGGAAAGACGGAAUUGGUAAGUGACACAGUGGCACCCCAGCAGGAAGAGGGUUGCAUGGUUCUUGCGAGUCUGGUCUGUAGAGCCUGGUUUUCUCAUUCGUCUCUGACCCAGGAUGCUUCUUCCCAAUAGUGCACUCACUCAAGGCAAGUGCUUAGCUCUGCAUGGAAAGCACUUGGAAGACAAAAAAGAAAUUUUAUUUUUUUGUAGCCUCCUUAAUAUUUACGGUAAUACCAUUAACUGUUUUCUUUAUUGAUAGCAAAAAAAGGAUACUUUUUGCAAUGUAACUAGAUGUUCUACAGUACAACGAGGAAUCGCCUUCUGAAAGGGGGUUCAUGUAUAAUGCUCAUUUACAAUUCAAUAUAUAAUUACACAAGUAAUUUUUAAAUAGAAUCAAUAAUAAAGACUGUUCUGUGGAUGAUAGUGCUUAAUACAUUUUAUAUUUUGUAUAGUGAUUUCAGGUCUUCUGUUCUCAUGAAAUCAGCUCCUUAGCCCGAUUCUGAGCAUCUUUGGUCCUCCGCGCCAGUGCUUCUGUGCACGCUUUCUGUGAUGUGUUAAAGGUCUGCGUUGCCAGCCUUGCAGCUCGAACUUAAAAUUGUUAUUCAAAUAAAUAUUUAAUUUUUUUUUUUAUUGCUCUUGUAUAAUCAGAUGCCCCUUUUAGUAUUAUUUUAGAAGCAUUGGGAGGGUUUUGGCUAAAGUACAAUUUAUUGGGGAAAACUAGAUUUUAGUUUUAUAAAACUUUUAAGUCUUUCAUGGGACCUAUAUUUUCUUGAAUUAAAUUUUGUAGUUCUAGAACAAAUAGGCAAUCUAAAAGUGUUUAUCUGUGUUACUUAGAGACAGAGGCUUCCUUAUAUUGUAACCUACUGAGUGAUUUGGAGGGAUUCCUGUCAUUAAGCACAAGUGCACUGACCCCUCAAGUGUCUGCAUUAGAGAAAAAAAGCACCACGUCACUGCAAGUUUCUGAAUGCUUCCCACUUAGAGGCACCUAAGCCAUGUGAACCGGUCAAUUUCUUGCCAAAGGAAGCCGCCACUAGGGAGAGGAGCCCCUGGAAGAGGCUUCAUCGUGGACACGCCCCCUUCAGGAGCCCAAGGGCAGCCUGUCUGGCAUGUGUCACUGGAACUCAAGCCAUAAGGACGGUGUGCGGUACCCGAGGGGCUGCUACAGAACUGAAAUUAAUUGGGACAUUUUAUAGGGAUUUAUACAGAUAGAUGUUGGUCCUCAAAAGCUACAAACCAGUGGUCUGCAAAAAAUAAAAUGCGUUGGAAACCUCUGAGUAAGAUGAA